CAUCCUCGAUCACACUCUCAGAGCCUACAACGUUACACUGUCACAAUCACAUUCUUCUAGUCUCUUUUUUCUAGUCUCUUCUCCUUCUUCCUCUUAAACACCACUUCGUCAUGAAAAUAGGUGACAUCGUGCUCUUUGGCGUCAAAUAUGGCUCUUUCUCGGCCGCAAUCGCCGUCGGACUGUAUGCCGCCCUGCUAGGACUGUUGACUCGGCCUGGCUUCCAAGCGCAUGUGGUUUACCUGCAUGCGGUGCAGAUGACCUGGUUCAAAGACCUCACGGUCCCCGAAUCAUUCGGGUUUCUUCACAAUCAAGUCACUCCCUUCUUCAUUCCCACACCAGACGGCCACCGCCUCUUCGCCUGGCACAUCCUGCCUCUUUCCGUUUAUCACCAGAACGAGCGUGCUCUCCUAUCAGAAGAUACUCCGGGCGUCAUCACCAACACCACGACGCGCCACGCGUUCAACCUCCUCUCCUCCGACCCAGAUGCCAUCCUCGUCCUCCACUUCCACGGCGCCGGGGGAACCGUCGGGUCAGGGUAUCGGGUCCCCAACUACCGAGCUCUCGCGGCCGGCUACCCGGCCAAGAACAUCCACGUGCUGACCUUCGACUACCGCGGCUUCGGUCUGACGAACGGCUCCCCCUCUGAGUCUGGUCUUAUCACCGAUGCUCUCGCCGUCGUAGACUGGGCCCUGAACGUUGCCAACAUUCCGCCGCAUCGCAUUCUCCUAUUCGGCCAGUCCCUGGGCACCGCGGUGACCCUGGCCGUCGCCCAGCAUCACGCCCGCCAGUCUCCGCCGGUGGCGUUCAAGGGAAUCAUACUUGUAGCUCCUUUUGUCGAUGUUCCGACUUUGGUGUCAACAUACCGCGUGGCCGGAACAAUUCCCAUUCUUAGUCCGCUCGCGCGGUUUCCGGUUCUGUUCCAGGCGCUGCAAGGGUUCAUCCGCGACCAGUGGAGCAGCGGAGAACGGAUUGCGGAAUUCAUUUACGCGAGUGAAGCGAAUAGCUUGCCGUAUCGGCUCACUGUCAUCCACGCGGAGGAUGAUUAUGAUAUUCCCUGGUGGCAUGCCCGGGAAUUGGUUGCGCGUGGAGUGCGUGCGUCGGGCCGAGAUGGGGUGGAGGAAGCGGAUGUGAAGGUGGAUCUUGGCGCUUCAGGGACGAUCAGGGAGUGGCGAUCAAACCAAGGGGUAAUACGAGAGGAGAUUCUGAAGGCGGGGCUGCACGAUGUGAUCAUGGGAGACGCGGUGGUGUCGAUGGCGGUGAUGCGGAGUUUGGAGGGUGUAUGACGUCAAUUGUCGUCGCUUUGCUAGAAGGUAGUAUCGUACCAUAUUUCUUACUAGAUCGGAUUUUCAAGCCAACCCACCACAACAUUGGCUCUGAGUGCCUCCAAGAAAUAUCAACUUAGAUGAAUCUGCAGGACCCAUCCGCAUGCGACCCAUGGUUCACAGCACU